AUGCUUUCAGAUAACCUCCGAAAGGGCUCCAAGUCAGUCGAGACUGCGCAGGCCAUUAUGAUUAUGACGUACUGGAAGGAUCCCGACGACACCCGGGCAUGGAUGUAUCUAGGUUCCAAAGAUCAGGAGAAUCUCGACGAAGUUGGCGCACGCGAAGUCAGGAAUACUGAAAGAACUUGGCUGGUGUUAUUCGUCUAUGAUCGAAGCAUGAGUCUUCAAACAGGAAAGCCGUGGAUGAUUGAAAGAAGCGGAUUUAUCGAAUCUGUAGAAGCGUGGUGCAAGGACCCUUUGGCCAUCCGGAAUGACAGACUUCUCGGAGCGUUAGUCACCUUGAGGCUUUUGAGCUCCGAGGUCUUCAGACUACUAGGGUCGAGAUCGAACCGAUUUCAAGCCGGGCAAUUACACACGCUAGAGUCUCUUCUGGCUAUCAUCAAUAGCAGGAUAGAAGAAUGGGAGUCAAGGUGGCUCGCGAUGGCCGAUCGAGAUUGCUGUCAUCCUUUCUUGAUCCAGUUCUACGGGACGCACCUACGGCUACAACUAUUUUCGCUUCCCUUGCAAGAGGUCCUCGGGCAGCCCAACCAAGACGCAUCGUAUCACUUGGAGGCGCUAUGGGUUAGCUACUCAAGCGCCUUAGAGAUGUUACAUCUCAUAUGCCGUCACGCCUCCUGGCUCUACUUUGCCCAGGACUCGAUACACGUGAUGACUGCUUACAGCGCCGCGUUUUUGAUCAAGCUCUUGAUGUAUUCACAAGAGUCAAUAACACGCCAGGUGGAACCCGCAAUCAAGAGCGCCAUAUCCGGCGCCGCGCUCGUCUUCUCUCAGCAGGCUGCUCCGGUAGGCUCGAGUUGUGCGUUGCAGUCGAAGUUUCUCGACAACCUCAUGUCCAAGUUUUCCAGAGAACCUCUGCCUGGUCAAAACCAUGACAGUGACAGUGCUGUUGGGUCAGCCAAUGAAAGACCGCAAAGCCAGAGGGGAACAGGUGUUCGGGAAGCUUGCGAUGGAGCACGUUGGAGUUUGACCGAUGCUGGAACUCUUGCUAUGCCCGGGCGAGGGACCGUGGCCGAUGACACUGGUCUCACUUUCGAGUCUGCCGAGGAGGCUACUUGGGCAAGUUUGAUAGCCGAAGCUGGCUUCAGUGCCCAGGAUGGGGUUUUCUUUACCUGA